AUGGAGGAGUUAGCAAGAAAGAAAAGAGUACGAGCAGGUCAUCGCGGUUACCUGACGAAAGUUGUGGCGUCGGCAGCAGGCUUAGUCGACGCAUUCGAUGAACGAAGAAAGAAUGACGCGGAACAGCAACGCGACAAAAUCUUGGAGACAGUCGCUAUGCUCCAAAAACUGGAUGAAGACAUCCUUAACUUGAUUGCUGGGGACGAAGAAGCGUCAGAACUUGACAUUGUCAGCGAAGUCGAGGAAGCUGGAAGAAUAAGUUCUGAAGCAAAGUCGAUGGCGAGGAAGCUUCGCCAAAAGAUUGACGGCAAUUGCGCUUCGGAAAAUAGAAUGAACAGUUCGUUAAGGUCUGACGGAGGAGCGUCGGUGACCAAUAGAACAGUUUGCGCAAAAUUGCCAAAGCUGCACGUUAAGCGGUUCAAUGGAAAUGUUUGCGAAUGGCAGGAGUUUUGGGAUUCCUUCGAAAGCGCCAUUCACGGAAAUGGAAGUUUGUCCGACGUUGACAAAUUCAAUUAUCUUCGGGGACUCUUAGGCGAACCAGCGAAGUCAUGUAUCGCGGGAUAUUCUUUGACUUCGGCGAACUACAACGCUGCAAUAGACGCGUUGAAGGAACGCUAUGGGAAGCCAGAAUCGGUCCAACGAGCGCACAUGCAAAACUUUGAACUUAGAUAG